AUGGAUUACGAGCGCUGUGCAGCACUCCACAACCAGCUCCUAACCAGGGCCGUUCAAGGCCGUGGGGUAGAGAUGCCCUCCAAACCCCUAACCUGGUGGGAGGCCAGGGCGCCUUCUGAGGAAGUUGCCAAUAGUCUCCACCCGUCCUUGAUCGAGUUUCUGAAGCGUGCUUGGGAUGAGGCCGUGCUGCCUCCUUGGUCUGUACUUUUCCUCUAUCUUGGAGCGCUGAAGAACCCGGAUGGCUUGCGGGAUGGUAUGGAUAUGUAUGAGGAUGAGGAUGAGGAUGGAAGGUUUAUCAAACUGUAUUAG